CAAUACAUUCUCUUGAAGAUCUUGUAAAAACACAAUAUAUAGAACAACAAAAACGAUUAGAUGAUCAAAAUCAGCAAUUAAAGGAUUUCGAAAAAGAAGUAAAAUUACAACUUACAGAUCAACAAAAUAAAAUAAAUGAAUUGGCAACUAUUGUUCAGCAAAAAGGAUUUGAUAGUUCUGAAGAAGACAAUUAUAGACAAUUAGUCAAUAUUAUAAAUGCAGAGCUAGUUAGUCUAAAUGAUCAUAAUGGUCUUAUUAAUGACAAGUUAGAUACUUUUGAAGAAUUGCUAAAAAAUUAUUAUUCCAAUACUUGUGACAAAAGUAAUUUUUCUUCUUCAUUUCGAUAUCCAAAAGCUAUUAAACGAAUUAAAAAAAGGGUUUACAAUGAACAAAGUGAAGAGGAAUUCACUCAGAAUGAAGAAUUAAUUGCAGAUACAAGAUUUUCUUAUCAUGAAACACAUCCAACUUUAGUCCGUUAUCUUCAUCGCAAGAUUAAAUUACAUCAUAAAAAAAAAAUUGCAUAUGAUAAUAAAACCUUGCCUGCAAAUCAAACAGUUGGCGAAGAAUAUCUUCCAGAUAUUACCAAUACACCUACUGCUGGAAAUAAUCCAAUUAUUAUUGAACGAUAUGUUGAUUAUUUUAUGAAAGAUUGGGAAGUUCGCAAAAAUACUAAUGAAUUAGUAUCUGAACAGCCUUGGACACGUGAAGUAAUUACAGAUAUUGCGGUUCAAUAUUUUCAACAUUUACAUAAAGAUUAUCUUGCUUUAAAAAAGAACCCAGAUGCUUUUAAUAAUCGAAAUAUUAAACAAUGCCGUGAUAAUCGUCUUACUCUUAAAUCUAAAGCAUUAUUGAAAGCCUUAGAUCAAUAUUCCGAUGAAGAAGAGUUGCACUAUCCAAAGGAAGAAAUUAAACUUAUACUUCAUAAACGUUGUAUGUCUCCAGAACUAACGGAUGAAGAAUAUCAAGAACUUCACCCACAAGAUAAAAAGCAAUUAAUCGUUGCACCUAUGUGUUGGCGCUCAGAUGAGCAUAAUAGAUUACGAUCUAUUUUAAAUAAUAAAGCUGGUAUUCAGCGUCCAAGCAGGUGGUCACCCUAUUCAAAAGGAAAAGAAAAAGACAAUGGUAUUUUAAAGCAUGUUUAUCCUGAAUCUGACCAUUCUCAAUAUGAAGAAUUAAUUGGUCUCUCACCUGAUAA